CUUUUCCAUAAAACAGCAAACAAUUACUGUUAUCCAUCAACUGUCAAUAAACGCUACCAUCUCAGCUAACUUAGCUUGGGCAAUUAGCUGAAGAGUUCGACAUUGACAGACCCCGUGUUUGAAAGAACCUGAGAUCAGACCCCUGUCAAUGUCCAGUAGGUACAUGUACCUGGCUGUGGCUUACAUACAUUCGGAUUGCUACGCUAUUUGGGUUUCUAUGUACGAGAUACGAAAAUAUGUUUGCAUUACUGCGUAAACAGAGCAUGAACACCCUGUCACCAUAUCAAAUACGCUUCGUUAUUUGUACGUGUGUCACGUGAACCUACUAGCAGCUAGCUUCCCGAUGUUUUAGAUUGAACCUCGGUUUAGCUUCCGUAUCAUUGAUGAACGGCAUCUUUCCGAUGGCUGAAGGAAGCCUAUUCUACCCUCAUAUACUCCGUAUAGCAGAUUGCAAUCUCAAUUUUCUCGUCCAAGCCUGAUUUCCGUCGAGGCAUCAAUGGCUCUUCAAUUCUCCUUAUCUCAGGCUUCUCUAGCAACAGCCAUACUCGGUUCAACUUACGGAACCUACCUGGCUCUAUCUCCUCCCAAUCCCAGCGAACAUUCAGCACCAUCAACAGGCGACUCAGUUCGAUGGCUAUUCUUGACGAGAAAACACACUACAAAGGUCGUCCUGGCCCCUCUUGGGCUGCUAUCGCUGCACACUGCUAGCCUAGCUCUCCGCUACCCCAAUAUCCCUCCAUCUCUUGUUCAUCAUGGAAUCGAAAAUAGGCUCAAUCCAGACUUGAUCACAUGGUCUUCUGCGACUGCAAUUCCUCUAGCUCUAAUAUUUUGUGCCGGUGUUCCUCUACGUUUGGUACCGUAUGCAUCACUGGGCAAAAACUUCACCUUUGCUCUAAAAGAGCCAGAUCAACUCAAAACCACCGGUAUUUAUCAAUAUCUCCAACACCCAAGUUAUACCGGGCUUGCUAUUCUCAUGAUAUCCAACGUGGCGCUGCUUGGUAGACUGGAUGGUAUUCUGAGCUGCUGGAUUCCUCCGAACAUCUAUGAGACCUUCUGUUCAUGGGCUAUAAGAUUGCUUCCUUUCACUAUAUCAGGUAUCACGUUUGGAAUCUGGACCAGAGUUUCUGAAGAGGAGAAGAUGCUCAAGAGGGCUUUUGGAAAGGAAUGGGAGAGUUGGCAUGCAAGAACAGCUCGCUUUAUUCCUUUUAUUCUGUAGUUGAUUUAUGUCCUUCCUAAAUCAAAGUGCCAAUAAAAUUUACUUUGGCUUCAAAAUGUACGUGACCUCAAAUUAGCAAGUAUUCAUUUGACGGC